GUAAAAUUAAAAAAAAAAACUCUCAUAGCCCUAAACCCUCAUCUCAAAAUCAAAGCCUUGGUGCUCCUAAAUUCAGCCGCCUUCUUUCUCCCGCUGUUGCAGCUUCGCCCACCUCACAAGUCGCUUGCUUUUUCACUCCUUACAAUCCGAUCUCUCCACCGGAUCAUCAAUCUGUCGUCUUGUUGAUGAUAUGCUGCACAGUUCCUUCGCAAACUCGAGAUCACGAGGAAUCGGAUUGCAGGGCUCCAGAAACUUGAUUAAGUGAAUCGCUUCCUCUCCUUUCGCUUCUCUGUUAGCGAAUGGAGAGGCUGCAGAUUCUUAGGAAUAGUUCCAUCGAGUGGACUCCUUCGGCGGUGGUUGCUCUCGCCACAAGCGACGAUGGCUCGCAGGUGGCCGCUGCAAGGGAGGAUGGAUCCGUAGAGAUUUGGCUUGUUUCCCCCGGCUCUGUUGGCUGGCAUUGCCAGUUGACCAUCCAUGGGAAUCAUGGCUCCAGAGUUUCUUCAAUGGUUUGGUUACCUUACCGUUCAAAGAGUGGAGGGCGAGGUCGUUUGCUGUCUUCCAGCAUUGAUGGAUCUGUUUCAGAGUGGGAUUUCUUCUCGUUAGCGCAGAAGAUAGUACUCGAUACCAUUGGCGUAUCCAUCUGGCAGAUGGCCUUACAACCAAUCAAUGAUUCAUUUCAUUUUGGGGGAAAAGAAUUACAACCUUUACCAAAUGGAAAUACUUAUCAAGAUGGGGAUAGUAAUUUUGAUUCUUCUUAUUCCGACGGCGAUGAAGACCCUACUGAACUAAGUGCUGCAAUUAUUGGGAACAAAAAUUUGCACUUGGCCCUUGCAUGCGAUGAUGGCUGUGUGCGUUUAUAUACUGUCGAGGAAGGAAAUAUAACUUACAAAAGGACUUUCCCUAGAGUCAGUGGACGCACACUAAGUGUUGCUUGGAGUCUCGAUGCAAAGUUUUUGUUUUCUGGGAGCAGUGAUGGUGUCAUAAGGUGUUGGGACACAUCAUCAUUCCGUGAGACCUACCGUAUUACUGUGGGGCUUGGAGGGCUCGGAAGUGGAUCGGAACUCUGUGUAUGGUCUUUACUAUUCUUAAGGUGUGGAACCCUAGUUAGUGGAGAUAGUACUGGUAGUGUUCAGUUUUGGGACAGUAGACAUGGAACCCUACUGCAAAGUCAUACUUAUCAUAAGGGUGACGUUAAUGCUUUAGCAGUUGCUCCAAACCACAAUAGAUUGUUUUCAGCUGGUUCAGAUGGCCAGGUUAUUCUCUACAAGCGCUCCGGUAAUGCUGUUGAUUUGGGUAAAGUUAAUAAGCCUUUAGUGGAUCAUUCUCACAACUGGAUAUAUGUUGGUUAUGUUAGAGUUCAUACCCAUGACGUGAGGGCCUUGACGGUGGCUGUUCCUAUUAGUUCAGAAGCUUCUUCUCCUAAUGAAAAGUCAUUAGGCAAUGUACGACAUAAGGAUAGAUCUAUAAAUUUUACUUACCAUAAAUGGGCACACUUAGGGGUCCCCAUGCUUAUUUCUGGAGGCGAUGACACCAAGUUAUUUGCUUACUCUGCCCGGGAGUUCACACAAUAUUCUCCUCAUGAUAUCUGUCCGGCACCUCAACGCAUGCUUCUGCAAAUUGUGCCUUCUACAGUCUCUGAUGGAGCUUCUGUUUUACUUGCACAACAUGGAACACAGCUGGAUUUGUUGCUUAUAAAAUCAAAUCAUGGUGAGCCACUUAGAAGAAGCAAAGCAAUCACCCAAUUUAUAGCUCAUGUUAAAAGCAAGGAAUCUAGAAAAAUCAUUUCUAGUGCCAUAUCCAAUUCUGGUAAUCUUUUUGCUUACUCUGAUCAUGUGAAGCCUUGCAUUUUUGAACUGAAGAAGCCGAAAUCCAGAAAAAGUGGUUGGUCUAUAACCAAAUUACAUCUACCUCGACGAUUGCCAUAUGCUCAUUGUAUGGUUUUCAGUGUUGACUCCUCGAGGUUGAUGUUAGCCGGUCAUGACAGAAAAAUUUAUGUUUUGGAUGUUAAGAGUUCAGAACUAGUGCAUACUUUUUUGCCUCAAGGAAAGGAUGGUGACGUGAGCUCAGUACCUCAGGAACCUUCUAUAACGAGGAUGUUUACUAGUUCUGACGGGCAAUGGCUAGCUUCUGUCAAUUGUUUUGGCGAUAUUUAUGUUUUUAAUCUCGAGACAUACAGGCAACAUUGGUUUAUUUCUCGGUUGGACGGUGCUUCUGUUACCGCCGGAGGUUUUCCUCCGAGUAAUAGUAAUGUGCUGGUCAUAACGACGUCUGUAAACCAGAUUUAUGUGCUUGAUGUGGAAGCAAAGCAAUUAGGGGAAUGGUCAAGGCGACACAAAAACAUUUUGCCAAGAAGAUUUCAGGAUUUUCCAGGGGAGGUUAUUGGCCUAACUUUUCCACCUUGUAAUUCAACAUCGGUGAUGAUCUACAGUGCUAGGGCUAUGUGCUUAAUUGACUUUGGGAUACCAAUUCAUCAAGACGACGAGCCGAACGUCAACCAAAAUCAGUUGCUCGACAAGUUAGUUAUAUCGAACAGCACGAAGAUGAAUAAAAAGAGAAAAAAAAUAGAUCAACAGAUACAUUUACAUAAGAAAAGGAACUUUGAGUUUUGUGCAUUCAAAGAUCCGGUUUUGUUUGUUGGCUAUCUAUCAGAAAAUUCUGUAUUUGUAUUAGAGAGGCAGUGGGUGGAUGUAGUGAAGAGCUUGGAUGCUCCCGUUCAUAGACAUAUAUAUGGAACCUAAUUAUGUAUACUUUUGCAUGAAUCACAGCUGCAAAAUGGGUUUUUGGUGGUUUACCCUUUCCCUUUUCUUUUUGGCAGGUCUCAUUUAUUUUGGUCUCAUUUGUAAAAUAUUGAACUAUUAUUUUAGUGCUAUUCGUUAA